AUGAGACGUAAAAUCGCCAAACGGCCCCAACCCCCCGUCUCCUCCCUACCAACUCCCCCCAACAAAACGCAAGCCGACUCUCAAGAACCGCCUGAACCUCUCAAACCACCCGCAAAUUGCCCCCUCUGGCAAAAAGUCAAAUACACAAUGGACAAGGAAGACUUCUUCCGGCAGAAAUCCAAAUCCGCCGAAAUCCAAAUCAAGCGGCUCAACCGAGAAGUCGACUCCCUCAAAGAACAACUCCAGCGGAAGACCAAAGCCAUGGACGCACAAGAACGCAGGCUAGACACCCUCGCAGACACCCUCAAGGAGGCCGAGCAGCGCGCCGAGCAAGAAGCCCGCCGCAGGGACGAGUCCAGCAAGCACCUCAACCAGAAACUACAAGGCAGCCAGCACGAGUCGAAGCGGUACCGGAACGCGCUGGCCGCCGCGUUCAAGCUCAUCGACGACUUGAAGGACAAGACGACUCUUGCCGAGCUUCUCGCACAGACGGACCAGCAGCUCUUAAACGGCGCGCCGAAGCAAGAACCUGACACAAGUGCUGCAGCGUCCCCCGAGGACAGCAGCGACGAGAACUAUAUCCGGAGGCCUGUUACGAGGAAGUACCCCCAACGUGGUAUCGCCACGCCGCGUAGGCCCGUGAAGCGCGAGCGCGAGGGGGAGUGGUCAAGCGAAGACAGCGAUGAACGGCCGCUAGCUAAGGCAAGGAAGCUUGGCAAUAGGAUCCUUCGCAACAUUACGCCGGAUGAAUAG